GAGGUACUCGCAGUGUUAUAUCUCUGGCUGAGAGUAAUAUAUGUUGUUUGUGUAAGAUUCACAAAAACAGCGGCUUUUCUGUCCGGGUUAGGGAAGCUGUAGCGCUACAUUGUUAAUGCCAGUAGACAAGGAGCGUCAGCACCAGACAAAAGUGGCAAGCGGCACAAGCAGUUGAAACAGUGCCAGGACUUGUGUGGCACCGAAGCAAGAAAGAUUUUGAAACAUGUGAACACCAGGUGGCUCAGCCUGGGCAAGUGUAUUGAUAGAUUGCUGCAGCAGUGGCCAGCACUAGUGGAAUUCUGCAAAGUAAACAAAGGUCUUUAGCACCCCAGCUCAGUUUCCAGACUCCUCCAGGAUGCUUUGGAUCCAAUCUCUUCUUAACCGUGUGCAUCGUAAAGUUCAGCAGCAGACAUAAACCCCACUGAUUUUCAGCUUGCUGAAAAUCCAAAGGACUGUAGUCUUCACUCAUUAUCUGUAUCUGUGGUGCAUUCCUAUGGCUUCAAGACCAUCUGAAAUGCCAGCCCUGGAGUCGGGAGGUUCGGAGGAGAUGCUUGGGUCACUGUCUCUGCCGAUCUGGAUGAAUCGGCAUGCAUUCAGCUAUGAUGACGCCCUUGAUGACCUGGGCCCCAUGACUCCACCCCCUUCAGACAUCAGUGCCAACAUAUUGUGGAAGAAGCCUGUUAUCCCAGAGAGGAAGUACCAGCAUCUCUCUAAGGUAGAAGAAAACGGGCAGGUCCUCCCCCCUUUCCAUGCCAGUGGCACUGCUAGCAAGCCCGCUGUGCCAGUGGUUAAGACGAAGGCUACAUCCGUCAUCAUGAACUCGUUUAUCACAAAGCAGACCCAGGAGAGCAUCCAGCGCUUUGAGCGGCAAGCAGGCCUGACGGACACGGGCUACACCCCCCACAAGGGGCUGACUGCAGAGGAGACUCGCUACCAUCGCGUGGCAGAGGCAGUGCACAAGCUGAAGAUGCAGAGUGGGGAGUCCAAAGAGGAGAAACAGACAUCAUCUGCACAGUCCACACCUAGUGGGACACCUCAGACAUCCCCAAAACACAAACGCAGGGGCUGGUUCAGUCAGGGUACAACAGUCUCCCUCACUGGUUCUGAAAUUGCCAGUACUAAUUCCAGUAUUGAUAUGGGUCCUGUGGAGGGAGGAACAACUGAGAAGUGGAGUCUCUUUGGUCCUCGAUCUGUUGUCCAGAAAUCCACCACUGACCCAGGAGGGUUUGCUUUGCAGUCUUACCGUGGUGCUCAGAAGCCUACCCCAAUGGAGUUGAUGCGAGCACAGGCCACCCGUUUAGCCGAGGAUCCUGCAGACUUGAAACCCCCAAGGAUGGAUGUACCAGGCAUGGACGUGAAGAGGCAGGCGCCUCGAUCACACAACCUCAAACCACGUGACAUGAACGUGCUUACUCCUUCCGGCUUCUAGUGACCCCAUAGAUUAAACAUGUACAGUCUUUGAAAUAUUGGUGUGUUUUAUAUAUACACCCCAUUCAUCAUUUUUUGAAUCCCAGUCAAGUUUUUAACUUGGUUUGAUCAGUACAGCUCCUUUCUAUAUACAUGGAAGAUUUUCUUUCAAGGAUCAACAUUAGUUUACACAGCUGGUUUACCAAGAUAUUUUUGAGAUUGUGGUUUUUGACACUUGGGUAUGUUAUGUGUCUCUUUUUUUUUUUUUUUUUUUUUUUUUUUCAUAAAAUCUUAAGUGCAGAGCAGAGAAAGUUUGUGACUUUUUUGACUGGGCUGUAAGUAAAAAGUUGAAAGUGUUAAUGUCUUCUGAGCAGAGCAGGUAUCUUCAAGAUUGCCAUUUGAAACAGAUCCAUUGAGUAGAGUUUUCUGUUACAUGUAUAUAAACAUGUUCUUGUAUAGUAUUAGUUAAUGUUGUGUGCAUGACCCUUUUACCCCCUACCCCCUUGCAAUCCAUGUGUCCACUGUUGGGUCAUGCUUGUUUAAUUAGUAGCCAUUGUACAUUUAAAGGAAUUGUCUCUGAUCCACUUUUUGUGCAGCUGCAUUUAAUGCAGUUAAAACACUGAAUUAUCAUAAAACAUUUAGAUCAAGA